AUGGCCCUUCUGUCGCAGGACCCCCCUCUUCCAGACGCUGCAUCUGCGCUCCCAGAAACCGCUCUCGCGGAAUUGACACUGUUGCUUUUACGAUUGCAGAACAACCUUCUACAUCCAACUCCAUCCCGAGAGAGACGACUACGAACGAGCGAGUGCGAGAGGGCAAAAGCGGAGGCGAACCUCAACUAUGCACGGAAUGUCUUGACGAAGCUCGAGCAGGAUGCCCUCCGUCUAAAGGCCCCGGCGAGGAGGGCCGAGACGCAGAGUCUCUUGAAUGUGAACCGAGAUCGACUGGAGACGCUGCUUGACCGACUGGAAGACCUGCGACAUAUCGCGCGAGACGACGACGACGGCAGCUCAGACGAGGAGGAUCUCCUGGGCCAUGUUAUCUCCACGCCGGGCGAAAGCAUGGACUCAAGGUCCUCGGACACAAGAGACGAGCCCCAAUCUCUCGAGACGCCGCCCGAGCCUCCAACCCCGGAGCCUGAGCCUGUUGUUCCCCACGAGACGCCCCGGCGUGCACCGUCACCGUCGCCGUCACCGUCACCGUCACCGACCCCAGUCACCCCUUCACAAUCAACUACGCAAAUCACGCAGACUCUGCGGUCGCGCUCCUCUGCCCGGCCCACCCCGCCGUCGUAUACCACCGCCACAGCGGCCCUCUAUGCGAGUCGUCCCAAACCACCCGAACCGCAAACGACCACCGCCACCGCCAAGGCCAUUCUCGAUAACCAAAAGGCCGAGCAGGACGACCUAUCGCGUUCCAUUCUUCAGCUGGCAGGCGCCUUGAAAGAAAGCUCGAAGCGGUUCGCGAUAACCCUGGAGGCUGAUAAGGACGUGCUCGAGAAAACCGGCGAGGGCAUGACCAAGGCGGAGCAGGGCAUGCAGUUUGCCGCCGGGAGGAUGGGCAAGCUGCGGAAGAUGACGGAAGGCCAGGGCUGGUGGGGACGCAUGAUCUUGUAUGCGUGGGUUUACGGGCUGAUGUUGAGUCUGGUCUUGUUGGUGUUUCUGAUGCCCAAGUUGAGGUUUUGA